AAUAAAAUAAAGUUAGCGAAAAAAUAUUUUAAAGGAACUUUCUUUGGUCUCUCUCCGAUUCGCCAUUUUGACUUCGUUCUAAUCCGAUUUCCGUUGCUUUCAAGGUUUCAACUGUGAAUGGAGUGAGGACAAUUCUAUCGUUUAUAGAGAAAAGGUAUGCUUUAAUUUCAUCCUGCAAUUCUCAAUUUCAUAAUUUAUAGCCGAUUCCGCUAUAGCUUCGUAAUAAAAUCUGUUCCGGUUAAGUCGCCGGUAAAUACUGAUUUUCUCUUUCUCAAGCUCCGAUCUGAUAACGCUUCGAUUCUCCACAUGGUGUUGUGGUUGCGUCAACAGUCUAAUUAGGUUUUUGAGCUCUUAUGCGAAUAUCAAAUUUCAGAAUUAAUGACAAUAGCAUAUUUGAUUUCAGCCAGAUGAUUGCCAAUAACCACUGUUAUAGUUCAACAUAGGAUUUCUUAGAGAAAAAACUCUGAUAUCAAACAGCUUAGACCGAAGGUAAAAUGACAAUCAAGAACUCAAAUUCAGAGCUUGUACCUAUCGCAUCAACCAUUUCUCCACCGAAUUCAUAUGGAUCCGUUGUUCUAGGAGGCACUUUUGAUCGCUUACAUGAUGGUCAUCGCCUUUUUCUUAAGGCAGCUGCAGAGUUGGCUAGGGAUCGAGUUGUAGUAGGCAUUCUUGAUGGCCCAAUGUUGACCAAAAAACAGUUUGCUCAUCUUAUUACACCUAUUGAACAUCGAAAAAGAGUUGUUGAAGAUUACAUUAAGUCUAUAAAGCCUAAUCUGGAAGUAGAAGUUGAACAUAUAACAGAUCCUUAUGGUCCUUCAAUUGUUGAUAAAAAUCUUGAAGCCAUUGUUGUCAGCCAGGAGACACUACCUGGUGGAUUAUUGGUAAACAAGAAGAGAGCUGAGAGAGGCCUUUCACAACUAAAGGUUGAGGUUGUAAAUCUUGUAUCUGAUGAAUCUAGUGGAGAAAAACUGAGUUCUUCAACAUUGAGGAAGGUGGAGGCUCACAUUGCUGGAAAACUUUAGCUAGAUUUAAUAGGUAUGAAUCUGUAACAUAUUUCUACACAUGAAUCAUUCCAAUAAUAGUUGAAUCCAGAGGGAUAAAUUUGCAACAAAAGUCUUUGUGGACCAAACUUGCAAAAAUGGUAUAGCAGGGGGUUAAACUUGUAAUUUUACAAUGAUAGAGUGUAGAUCUAGAAAUGAUAAACGUAAUUUCUUUCUAGAAGCAAGAUCUUAUAACUUUUAUAUUAAAGUGCCUAUAUGCUAAACAGAUUUGCUUCCUACAAGUAUGCAAUUCAAGUACCCUAAUUUUUAUUGGAUUUACAUCUUAAUUUCCGGAUCUGUAUGUUUU